AUGGUCGAGACCGGAAUCACCAUCCCGGGCAUGAAGAGGCAAGACCGGAGAGACGAGACCGGGAAGCACAUCCCGGGCGUGAAGAGGCAAGACCGGAGAGACGAGACCGGGAAGCACAUCUCGGGCGUGAAGAGGUGUAUGAACUUGAGGAGUAGAGGUUCAUCAACCCUUGCUCCCAUUGUUGAAGACAUUUCUGCACUUGAGAGGGAGAUUGUGAGAAGAAGACGGGAAGAAGAGCAACAGGCUCACAUUCAGAGGUUGGGGUUUGACAUGGAGAACCUGCCUCAAAAUAGAGCUGCUGAAGAUGGUCAAGGAGCUGCCAACCUUGGACCACGACAUCCACAGCGCCAAGCUAGAGCAAUUGGUGCCCAUGAUCAGCCUAACAUCCAUGGAAAUAGGGCCCGCAUUAGAGCACCAGCUGUGGAGAACAACAACUUUGAGAUCGAGUCAAGCUUGAUCAACAUGAUCCAAAGCAACAAGUACCAUGGGCUUGCUUUGGAAGAUCCUCUAGAUCACUUGGACAACUUUAAUCGGUUGUGUGGCACCAUCAAGAUCAACACAAAGAAGACAAAGAAGGAUAUCAAAUCCUUGCAAGACAAAAAGGAGCCUAACUUUCAGUACAACAACUACCAGCCGAGGUCUUAUCAAAACAACCAGCAAGGAGGAUACCAACCUAAGCAAACCACUCAACAAGGGAACUAUCAGCAAAGGCAAAAUGUCCCUCCUGGUUUUGGUAACACAAAUCAGUCUACUCAAGCUCAAGGAAGCUCAUCUCAGUCCAAGGCUCCUGAUUCAAACAUGGAGUCAAUGUUCAAGCAGAUCAUGGAAGCUCAGUCUAGAGUUGCAAAGGAUAUUGGGCAUGAGUUCAAGACAGUGCACUCCAAGAUUGACAGUAGCUACACAGAGCUGAACAACAAGAUCAGGGCUUUGGAGAGCCAAUUUGCUUCUAUGAACUCUCAGCCUAGUCGCCAACAAGGAACCCUACCUGGAAAACCUGAGCAAAACCCCAAAGAAACAAUGAAGGCAAUCACUUUGAGAAGUGGUAAAGAGUUGCCUCCAAGAGUACUCACCAAGGAUGGUGAGAAACAGGGUGGGGAGGUUGCCAUCAACAUUGAUGAUGAGGUGGUUAUUGUUGAUGAGAAGGUUGAUGAGGAAAUUCUGGAAAAGAUUGUGGAAGCUAAGGGUAAAGGAAAGGUUGGAGAGGAGAAGAGAACAGUGAAGCAAGGUGGAGCUACAUCAAAAGAUACUUCUUUUGUCCCUCCUCCCUAUGAGCCUAAGUUACCUUUUCCAGGAAGAUUCAAGAAGCAACUAUUGGAGAAGUACAAGGCACUCUUUGAGAAGCAGAUGAGUGAAGUGCAGAUUACAAUGCCCAUCAUAGAUACCUUCAUGCUUGUUCCUCAGUAUAGCAAGAUCUUGAAGGAUGCUGUGGCUGCUAAGAAGAAAGAAAUGGAAGGAAUGGUGGUUCUUACUCAUGAGUGCAGUGCCAUCAUUAAGAGGUUGACAAUCCCUAAGAAGCUAGAAGAUCCAGGAAGCUUCACUCUACCUUGUGCCAUUGGUCCUCUGAUGUUUGAAAGGUGCCUAUCUGACUUGGGAGCUAGUGUUAGUCUCAGAUCUGUAGCCAAGAAGCUUGGGUUUAGCCACUACAAGAAGUGCAAACUCUCCUUGGUGCUUGCUGAUCGCUCAGUGAAGUUUCCCAUUGGAAUUUUGGAAGAUCUCCCUGUGAUGGUGGGAAAUUGUGAAAUCCCUACUGACUUUGUGGUGCUAGAGAUGGAUGAGGAAGCUAGAGAUCCUUUGAUCCUUGGAAGACCAUUCUUGGCCACAGCAGGAGAAAUUAUAAAUGUGAAGGAGGGCAAGAUUGAUCUUCACUUGGGUAAGGAGCACAUCCUCCACUUUGACAUCAAUGAGAUAAUGAAGAGGCCAACCAUCCAAGGGCAGAUCUUCUACAUUGAGGAAAUGGAAGCUCUAGCUGAUGAGCUGCUUGAAGAAUUAGCACUUGAGGAUCCUCUACAGCAUGCCUUGACAGUUGAUAGAGGAGUCCAAGUGGUUGAGAACAAGGAAAGUGAUGCUUAUGGAAGGAUGCUGGAUUCACUUUGA